AUGGGGUAUGUCAAGAGCCGAAGUGAUUUGCAAUUGAGAAACCGUGGUUAUGAGAAUCAAACAAGUGACUGUAUGCCUAAAGUUGAUGUCAAUGGGAUGGCCAUUGUGCCUUGUGGCUUUGUAGCCUGGAGUUUGUUUAAUGACACCUAUAGCUUCUCCACCGAUAGCAACCAGCAGUUGCAAGUAAACAAGAGACAUAUCUCAUGGAAGAGUGACAAAGAGGACAAGUUUGGCAGUGACGUCUUCCCGAAAAAUUUCCAGAAUGGAUCCCUUAUUGGUGGUGGACGUCUCAAUGAGUCUCUGCCAUUAAAUGAACAGGAAGACCUCAUCGUAUGGAUGCGAACUGCGGCUCUUCCAACUUUUAGGAAGUUGUACAAUCCGAUUUCAAGUUGA